UGCAAAAAGUUCAUGAGGAAGGCGGCGGCUGUGAAGAAAAGCACAACUUUUUCCUCCGGGCACGCCCCUAGUGGGCGGGGCCGGCUGCGCUGAGUGCGGAUCGCUCGCGCUGCGCCGCUCACUCUACAGCGCUCGGGCUGCGGUGCUGGAGGUCGCUGUUGUACGAGGCAGCGGAUACCGAACGCCCUGGACCCAGGAGAUCGCUCGUCCUAAAGUGAUGGGGAGAAGAAGUUUGGGAGCUCCUGGCUAAACCGAAUCAAGUCCACCCUCCUGCGCUGGGCAAUGUCCUCAAACCCUGCUCCUGCCCUUGUCCUCCCCCCCUGGAUUAUUGCCUCCUAAACUCUUUUAUUUUUGUACUUUUUUUGGAUUUCUUGGCUGGGACUUUAGCCACCAUGCUAAGGAGGGUCCUGCUCAGCGUCUUCAUGGUGAUAGUCACGGGCAGGGGGACCUCAUUGCAAUACUCCAGUGACAUGUGCAAUUGGAAAGGAAGCGGACUGACCCACGAGAGCCACAAGAAGGAUGUGGAACAAGUCUACCUGCGUUGCUCGGAAGGUUCGGUGGAAUGGCUUUACCCCACGGGGGCGCUCAUCGUCAACCUGCGCCCCAACACCGUCGCCUCGAACUCCCAGCACUUCACUGUUUGUAUCAAACCUUUCGUAGGCUCCAAAGGAGCUAAUAUUUAUUUGGAAAAAACUGGAGAACUGAAGCUUUUAGUACGGGACGGGGACCACCAACCCCACAAGGUCCACUGCUUUAGCCUGGACCAAGGAGGGUUGUUCAUCGAAGCCACGCCCCAGUUGGACAUUAGCCGCAAAAUCGCCGGCUUCCAGUACGAACUCAUAAGCCAGAGGACGCUCUCGGAUUUGCACGCCAUUUCUGAUCCCUGCCGGCCGUGCAGCGACACCGAGGUCCUCUUAGCCGUGUGCAUUAGUGAUUUUGUGGUCAAGGGUUCCAUCUCGGAAGUAGGGAGCAACGCGGAGCAACAGGAAUCCAUCAUAAAUAUUUCAGUGGAUAAAAUUUAUAGACAGAAAACAAAGAUAUUUCAGCCCAGCAGAGAAGGUGGGGGCUGGGCGGGACACGUUCAGACGCUGCUGGAGUGUGGCGUGAAAGCCGGUUCGGGGGACUUUUUGUUCACCGGACGCAUGCACUUUGGGGAGCCCCGGCUCGGGUGUGCGCCCCGGUAUAGGGAUUUCCAAAGGAUAUAUCAAGAAGCGAAGAAUAAGGGACUCAACCCUUGUGACAUCAUAACAGACUGAAGGGGGCGGCGCUGCCUCACGGAUCACGAGACAGCACUGGCCCACUGUCAGGACAGAAAUAUUCUGAAGGAUUUAUAGUGGUGGUCAGGACUGUAAGGGGGGCCCUAACACUGCCCGGACCCCCUCCUCCCCCCCCCCCCCCUAUUCCAAACCAACGGACACUGUUACACUAACGUGUUGGAGGUACGAGCCGCGCUGCACGGAACGCAAUUUUGUUUUUUGUUUUUUUUAAGUCUUACUGAAAACUUUAAAUUAUUUUUCAUUGUUUUUAUUUUAUUUUUUUUAAACGGACUCGAGUCUUAAGGAGGACAAAACUGCCAUUGUGAAUGGCUUCAAUGUGCAUGUAGCAGAGCCGGCACGGCGAUUGUGUAUAAAUGGCGCAAAUGUGGACUGAUUGUUGUGUUUUUUUAUAACAUGCUUUGUAAAAAGCUUGGUGUAAAUUUUCUUUGAGAAUGUUUCUUAUGAAAGAAAUGACUGAAGAUAAAUUGUUUUUUUUUUUUGUUUUGUUAAAGAUUUUUUUUUUAUUGUACAAUCCCAGUCUGCCAUUUUGCACAGGCUGGAGAAUUGUUGGGAUAAUAUUAUUUUUUUUUAACUUCCAGUGAAAUAAAAAACA